CAGGGCAUGAUGUUGGUCAGGUGAAGCGUGUGUGUGAAUGUAGGCUUGGGUUUGGUGGCAGAAUAACAACAUCUUAACACCUGUACAUUCUACGUGAAUAGCUGCUUUUGGAAUAAUACAGGACAAGCUCUCAACUCUCCAUUUUUGAAAUGAGAAGGUUGUGUGCAUCUCUACUUCUGCUUCAGCUCCUCAGAACCUUUGUAUGUCAGUUCCCACGCCCAUGUGCAACAUCCGAGGGCCUACGGACCAAAGAGUGUUGUCCAGUGUGGGAUGGCGAUGGCUCAGCAUGCGGCGCCCUUUCAGGUCGAGGUUUCUGCGCUGAUGUGGAGGUUUCAAAUGAACCCCACGGGCCCCAGUUUCCACACAGUGGCAUCGAUGACAGGGAGCGCUGGCCUGUCGCGUUCUUUAACCGGACAUGUCUUUGUGCUGGAAACUACGGAGGUUUUAACUGUGGUGAAUGCAGAUUUGGCUACUGGGGCCCAAAUUGCGGCGAGUAUCGUGAAUCUGUGAGGCGUAACAUCCUGACCUUGUCAGUUGCUGAGCAACAGAAGUUCAUCUCCUAUCUUAACCUGGCUAAGAACACUAUUACCGUUGACUAUGUCAUUUCCACAGGAACGCGGGACAAGAUGGGUGCGAACGGUGAGAAUCCAAUGUUCUCUGAAAUCAACACCUAUGACCUGUUUGUGUGGAUGCACUACUACGUGUCCCGGGAUGCCUUUUUGGGUGGUCAGGAAUGUCUGGAGGACAUCGACUUUGCUCAUGAAUCUGCUGCUUUUUUGCCCUGGCAUCGCGUCUACCUGCUUCACUGGGAGAACGAGAUAAGGAAGCUGACAGGAGAUUUUAACUUCACAAUCCCGUAUUGGGACUGGAGGGAUGCUCAGUCCUGUGAGGUGUGCACCGAUGCACUGAUGGGUGGACGUAGUCCCCUCAAUCCCAGCUUCAUUAGUCCUGCUUCUGUCUUCUCUUCAUGGAAGGUGAUUUGCUCCCAGCCAGAGGAGUACAACAGCAGAGAAGCAUUGUGUAACACUACUGGUGAGGGUCCACUGAUCCGUAACCCUGGAAAUCAUGAUCGAAGACGCGUGUCGCAACUUCCAACAACAGCCGAUGUGGAGUUACGUUGGGCCUUCCAGAGUACGAGACGGGGACCCAUGGACCGAUUCGCCAACAUGAGCUUUAGAAAUGUCCUGGAGGGUUUUGCCAGUCCGGUGAGCGGUUUGGCUGUAACAGGCCAGAGCACCAUGCACAACGCCCUGCACGUCUUUAUGAACGGCUCCAUGUCAGCAGUGCAGGGGUCGGCCAAUGAUCCCAUUUUCCUGCUGCACCACGCCUUCGUUGACAGUAUCUUUGAGCGAUGGCUCAGAACCCAUCAGCCUUCACGAACUGUCUACCCACGUGCCAACGCUUCCAUCGGGCAUAACGACGGCUACUACAUGGUACCGUUCCUGCCUCUCUACAUAAAUGGUGACUACUUCUUGUCCAACAAGGCCCUAGGAUAUGAGUAUGCCUACCUGCUGGACCCCGGCCAGAGGUUUAUAGAGGAGAUCCUGACGCCCUACCUCCAGCAGGCCCAGCAGAUCUGGCAGUGGCUCCUGGGGGCUGCAAUCCUUGGGGCACUUGCUGCUAUAGCCUUCGCUGCACUCAUUUUUGCUGCAAGAAGGAAGUGGAAGCUUAACCGGAAACGGAAGAGAGCUUCAAGUUAUGACGAGAGGCAGCCGUUACUGCAAAGCAGCUCUGAGGAAGGGUCAACUUCUUAUCAGACAGCGCUGUAACAAUAACAGACAUAAUUUACAGCGGCGACAACUGUUCAUGCCAUCAGCUUACCUCAAAAUGGCUUUGUUCACACUGCCAGUUCAAAUCGGAUUUAUUCAUAUCUAAUUUAAAUCUGCUCUCAUUGAUUGACUGUUCACAUUACAGCAAGUGACCAGAUUCGAUCUGUGCGUCCAUGUGGCAAUCCUUAUUUUCUGUCUUUACCUGCAUCAGUUGCUGUUGAGUACUGUCGUCUCGUUUGGCGCUAAAGGGUUAAAAUAUGACACAUAUGACACAAUAAUCCUACAUCCAGGGACAGCCCUUGCAUGUCCCCAUCAGAAACAUGGCACUUUCUCUGACUUUUUUGGCAAAUUAUACGGCAAACAAAGUGAAAAUGCAAAGAAUAAGUGACGAUGCCGUGGAAAGUGGACACGUGUUGGUGGUUUGUUUAUGACCCGGAGCUCAAACAUGUUGAGGGGAGGCGGUUGUGCAGCCCAGAGAACGUAGCUACUGUGGCUAGCUGUGUAGGCUACCACUUACCAACACGACCUCUCCCAUUUGUCUCGUCUUCCCUUCUCCACUGGAAAAUGAAAAAAAUUCACUUCGGUGAUUGCAGCCAAAAACAAAACAGUACCCCAUUUUUCCAUGUGAAGUGAUGCUGUGUAUAUGUUGCCCAACAGCAAGCAGGGUGUCCCUGGAAGUGGUCAAAUCCCGCAAUAUCAUGCAGGGGUUCAAACGAGACUGCGCUGCCCUAUAGUAAUGCCACAUAGCAUGAAGCAGCAUAUUUUUAAAAAAAUCUGGAGCGUCACCUUAAUCUCUCUCCGACUUACUUCACUUUCACGUGGCGGAGCACCAAAGUCACUCACACUCGCACCAUGUCUGCAGACUGACUGACCCACACUGCAUCUGUGUAUUAUUAAGCCUGAAGUGUCAUGUCAGACACGCGUCUCACACACACACACUCACGCAACAGCUGAAGGCAGCUGAUUCAUCUUUCUACAUCAUGCAUUUGAUAAUGGCUUUUAUUCCACACUCUGUGUCUUGUGACUGCUUUUUAACAAAUUACCUUGGGCUUGUUUGUUUGUGUGUAUAUGCGCACACUUUUUUUCUGCUGGCUCAUUUAGCUGAAAAAUCGCUGUCACCCAACAGCUCUUCACUGAGACCCCAUGUUGAAAGUUUUUUCUUUUGGGGCGAGAACAGUGACCAGUUUUAUUGGACUGAGGUGAAAAUGAGAGGUGUGGGGACAGUACAGCUUUCACCACAGCUUUCACCACAGAUAAAGACAAAGACGUAACAAAACGUUCAGACCAAAAUGGACUUGGGAAUGGAAUCACAUUACGAACCACCUCCGAAUGACACUUGAAACAGAUUUGUAAAGAUGGAUUUCAUUUGACUUCGACUGUU